AUGUCGGAGGCUGCCAACGUCGCAGCGAACCGCCACCGCUUUGACAUUCUCUUGAUCACGGCAAACAGCCCCCACACCGACUGGUCGGUGCUCCUAGAGCUUGCUUGUCUCGGCAACGCCACUGUCGUUCUCCGCCAUCCUGCGCCAGAUUUCGGUCGUGAUCCAAGAGAUGCCGUAGUUUGCAGUGCAGAAGAAGAAAAU